AUGGUAUCACAUUUAGCAGCUACAUUGUUAUCAAAGUAUCUAGGUGAAUAUCUAGAUGAUUUGAACAAAGACAAUGUAAAAUUAAGUUUUCUAUCUGGAGAGGCUGAACUCUAUGAUGUCAAGAUUAAACAAACUGCUCUACAAAGACUAUUCCCAAGUGUAGUAGUAAAACAAGCUGUAGUUAGAAAGUUAUCAUUAUUUAUACCUUGGAAUCAAAUUAAAACAAAACCAGCAAUUAUAAAAUUAGAUGGUAUAUAUGUAUUGGCAGAAGCAUCUAAAGAUGUUGAUGAACAAUACUACAAGGAUAAAUUCCAUCAGGAAAAAUUACAAAGAGUGUUGGUACAAGAGUUGAUUCGAAUCAAACAUAGGAGUCAUCAAGGUAUCAAUGAUUGGUGGGAUGAAGAUUUGGCAGCAUCAGCCAAUUCAUCUUCAUCAUCUUCGUCAUCAUCGUCGGUCAUGUCAUCUUUUGGAGGUAAAAUGUUGGCAACCGUUGUAGAUAAUUUACAAUUAUAUAUAAACUCUGUACAUAUUAGAUUUGAAGGUACAAGUUCAAAUCCAUUCGCAGUUGGUAUUACAAUGAAGAAAUUAAUAGCUGAAUCGACGGAUUCAAAUUGGAAACCAACAUUUUUACAAAACAAGGAUAACAACUCGAUUGUUCACAAGGUGAUUAAUUUGUCGGAUCUGUCGGUGUAUUGGGACUCGGACAAACAACAUUUAAAGUAUACGAGUUUGUCGGAUCUCGUCACUCAACUGGAAUACAUGAUUACAGAGGCUGGCAGCGAACCCUCGAGUGCGUCUACUCGGUUGAGCUAUGUCUUGCCACCAUUUUCAUCUAGUUUGCGAGCAGUGUUUAACAAGAGUAUCAUACCGAGUGACACGGUACCUAGACUCUCUCUGUCGCUUCGAAUGGAUGAUACUAAUUUGUCAGUGUCUGAUGCACAGUACCAAGACAUUACCAAUGUGAUGGAGGGAUUCACAAUGUUUAGAAAGUCAAUCGAGAAUCGUAUGCAUGCCAAAAGACCACACUCGUCAUUGUCGGCGAGCAAGGCCAGUACCGCAACGGGUGCAGGUGUCACAAAGCAGAAUGCAAGACAGUGGUGGAAGUAUGCAAUCGAUUGUGUGGUUGGCAAAAUACACCAAGACAAGUACCAACAUACCUGGUCGUACUUGUUUGACUUUCUACGCGACAAAAAGGAAUAUAUCAAAUUGUACAAAAAGUUAAAGAGCAAGACUAUCCAACCCGCCGAGAAAGAGAAGUUAGAUGCAUUAGAGUGGAAAUUACCUUUUGAAAAUAUCAUUCUCUUUAGAAACCUAUGCUACAGAAUGUUAGAGACAGAAGAUAAAAAGAAAAAAUUAAAAGCAAAAGAAAAAGAAAAGGAAAAAGAAAAAUCAAAAGAGAAACCAAAGGUUGAUUCACCUACGACUACCAAUCAACCAUCAACGACAACAACGGCGACAGCAACAACAGUUUCAGCUCAACAACCACAACAAUCUCAACAACAAGCUGGAUGGUUUUCAACUUGGUGGAAAGCAAAACCAAUCGAUCAACCAAAUAGUAGUAGUCCAUCUACUUCUUCUCCAACAACCUCUACAACAUUACCUUCAUUUACAACAUCCAAUUCAUCAAACAGUAAUAAUAAUAAUAAUAAUGAAAUACAAUUGACAAAACAAGAAUGGGCAGAGAUUUAUGAUACUAUUGGAUUUCAAGAAGAAGAUAAAACAUCAGCUGCUGGUAAAUCAUCAUUACAACAAUCAAGUGAGGGUACAAACAAUGUAGUAAAGACAGUUAUUCAAGUUAGUUUUUCAAAAGUAUCACUCACUUUGAAAAAGAAUUCUGGUGUGUUGGCAAUUUUACAACUUUUAAAUCUACAAUUUGACCUCAAAGCAAAGGAAUCUUCUUAUCAAUUCGAUUGUCUUUUGGAAAAGUUAGAUCUUAUUGAUCACAGUACUCCCAAUACAUACUUUCCAAAAUUAAUAACACCAUGUUUGAAAGAUUCUUCAUCAUCCUCUUCUACAUCACCUACAACUACCACCACCGCUGUCACUGCUGUCACUUCUACUACCAACUCGACAAAUGAUAAUAUAUUAUUUAAAGCAACAUUUAAAAGUCAUAGAGUAGGUGAACCAUGUGACUAUAGUUUGAAUAUUCAAUCCAAACCAUUGACCAUUGUAUACUAUCCACUAUUUGUAAGCACUAUAUCCAACUUUUUCAUCUCCAACAGUAACUCUAUUGACAUUUACGAGGACAUUGAAAGAAUGGCAUCAACCACCAUCAACAGCAUUAAAUCACAAACCAAAGAUCGUCUGUUGAUGGCAAUAUCAAACCAGACCAGACUUUCACUUUCAAUGGAAUUAGAGGCACCCAUCAUAGUCAUUCCAGAUGAUAUUCACAACAAUGAUCGUUCCAAUAUGAUUAUAUUGGAUCUUGGUCAUCUUUCAAUUAAUCAUACUCCAACUAAAAUUAAUAAUAAUAAUAAUAAUAAUAACUCUGAACAACAACCAUCAGAAAAAUGGGAGGAAUUUUAUGAUGAAUAUUUAUUUAAAUUGACAAAUAUUCGAUUAUUAUUGUCAAGACAGGAUAGAGAUUGGAAGGAUCAGAGUCAAGUACAAAAAUACCGAAUGAAUAUUGCGUCACCAUUUGAUGCCAACCUUUCACUCAACAUUAGCAAAGUUCGAAAUCAUCUAUUGACAUCACUCAAACUUUUCAUCAACAUCAAGUUACUUGAAUUAUGUUUGUCUUCAUUACAAUAUGUCGAUAUGAUACAUGUCAUUCAAUCAAUUACAUCUUCACAAAAACAACAACAACAACAACAACAACAACAACAACAGAUUGCAACACAUCAAUCAUCUAAAAAUGAAUUAUUGGAAAUGGAUUUGACCAAUAUUCUAGAGGACAAGUACAAAUCGAUCAUUGAGAAUCUUACUUACCUCGAAUCGAUAUUUCAAGUUGAAAAUUUCAAUAUUCAUCUUAGAAUGAGUGGCAAACAACAAGUUGGUGGUGAUUCUUCUUCCACGAUAGAGGAGAAUUUGGCAUUGAUCUAUCUAAGAAGAUGUCGUGGUGUUCUCACUCAGCGACAUUAUGAUUCGUCUAUGGUCAUCUCUGUCAAGGCACUCUGGAUUGAAGAUUGUCUCAAGAAACCAGCUGGCAACGGAAAUUAUUUGGCAUUGACCACCAAUCAUUUGACUCUACAGUCUAUCCAGUCAAUGCCCGACGAGAAACUAGUCAAUCUUAAUGGCAUGUCGGUUAAAAUCAUCCAAACAUCGUCUAGUUCUCCCAACUAUCGAUUCGUCGACCAAGAGUAUGAAAUAUCAUUACCUCAACUCAAUUUGAUUCUCAACAAAAAUACAGUGGCUGGUGUUAUCGAAUUUUCAAAUAGUGUAUCACAAUUAACAUCUGAAAAGAUUCGUUUAUCAAAGACCAACGAAUCAAAUUCGACACCUACGCCUACCACUCCUCCAACUUUUAAUAAUACCAAUAAUUUAAACAAGAGUACUAGUAAUAAUAACAUUUCAACCAAUUCACCAACACUAAAACAACAACAACAACAACAACAAAAACAACCAUUGAUCAAACUUAGAUUGUCAUUCAAGAUUGGAUUGGUUAGAGUAUUAUUGACAAAUGAAACAAAUAGUCCGUUGAUCAAACUGGCAUUGACAGAAUUGGUUGCUACAACCGACAUGUAUCUUGAUACAACUCAGGUAUAUGGUCGUGUUGGUAGUAUCAAGAUUUAUGAUAUGACAUUGGAGGGUAGAAAUUAUAGAACCAUCUUUACCACCAAAGAAAGAAGAAUUGUAAAUGAUCAAAAUAGUAAUAAUAAUAAUAAUAAUAGUGGUGGUGAAUCAUUUUCACCAAAUAUCGUAGAUGACAUGAUGGGAAUUGAUACAAAUAUGGAUGUCAAUAACUCAACUCUAUCAUUGCUGUCAUUGUCAUCUACUUCUUCAAUGGUUGCUGAAGACGAACAACAUGCGUUGAUUCACUUCCAAUUGGAACAAUCUGGAGAUGGAGGUGUACAAAGAUUAAAGUGUCGACUUUCAAGUAUCAGAUUUGUAUUCCUUAAAAGAUUCAUCGAACAAGUUAGAAUAUUCCUUUCAUCGGUCAAUGUAAUGAGAGAGUAUUUGAAACAAUCAAUUUACUCUGCUGCGUCUGUCAUUUCACAAAACCGGUCGACCUUUUUAUACGAGAUUCAAGUUGACAAUCCAUAUAUUAUCGUACCGUUGUCUAGUCUUUCACAUCAAGUGUUUAUUGCUGAUUUGGGUCGAAUUGUCAUCUCCAAUACGAUAAAGGAGGAUCCUGAAGAUCCAAACGUCAUCAUUGAAAGUAUUCAAGUGGAUGGUACCAAUUUAAAGUUAUUGUCUGGACUUGAUAUAAAGUCAUCGGGACUCAACGUUAGAUCACCACCACCAUCUACCUUGUCACCUCUGUCUGCAUCACGUAAAUUUGGUAAAAUGGCCAAAGAUAUUAAUAUAUCUUGUACCUUUGUCACACCAUUUUAUCAGACUCAACCAGAGUCUGUCACCGAUGGCGCCAUUCAUUUACCUCCUUACCAACGCUCAUUUGUAAUGAAUCCAAUUGAAUUACUCAUCAGCGAGUACGAGACAAAAUGUUUGAUUGAAUUACUCGACGGCAAUCUGUCAGAGUAUUCAUCGUCCAUCCAAGACGAUCUUGCUGGUGAUACAACUGUCAUGGGUAGUAAAUUAAACAAUGAAGACAACAACAACAACAAGGAAAACUCACCAACACAAGUUUCAUCUAUAGAUGGUGGGUCAUCUUCCGAAGAAAAGGAGGUUAGAUUGGUUCAAAGUGGAACGACCAAUGUUUUACUCGACAAAUUCUCUAUUAUCUUUAUGAAACGUGAUGGUUCGAUUGAGCAAGAUAGAUUGGUUCAAUUCAUAGCUACCAAUGCAUCGAUGCAUAUCAACACGCAAGAGAUGGAGACUAACCUGUCAAUAGAGGUUGACACUAUCUUUUUAAAUGAUUACAAUAGACAGACACAUCCACACUUUAAAUCAUUGUUUUCUCCAUUGACUGGUGGGUCUGGUGACAUUAAAAUGGCUCGUCAACAGCAGCUGAUCAUUAGAGGUACGAUCAGACCACCACCCAUCCAACAAUCAGUGUUUCAAAUGGAGUUGAAUAGCAUGUCUAUGGUAUUUGUUCCCCAUUCAUGGCUAGAGGUUCAAAGUUGUAUUGGACGUUUGGUAACAUUUGGUAUGGAUGCAUGGUUGCGUUACAGCACAAAGAUUCUCGGAGCUGCGCCGGUAGGUGUCGAUGAGGUCAUUCAAUCUGGCUCGUCGUUCUUUAGUGCACAUAUUCAAGACGCGAGAAUAGCACUGCCAACCAACACUAGACUCGAUGGUGACGGUGACGGAGAGUAUGCUCUUGUUAUCCGUGCGACAGUUGAUGUUCAAAACACAACCAAGGGAGCUGUUGGUGUAGAAUCUGUCUCUUUGAUCGAGGCUGACAAUGUCCAAGUCUACCGACACAAACUCAACAACCAUCAAAAAGAUAUAGCACGUAAAAUAGUCGAACCUUUCAAAGCAGUAUACCAAAUAACACAGACACCCAAGAGUCACGAGGUCAAUCUUUCGGUCGACCAGAUCACUAUCAACUUUAGUUAUUUGGAUUUCAAGCAGAUUAUGCUUAUCUCUAGUACCACCAUAACAUCAUUCCCCACUGAAGGAUCGGAAAUCAUUCCAAUCAAAGAAGAUGAUGACCAACAAGAAUACGAGCAGUUAUCAUCGUUACAACAACAAUCCAAUCAACCCAUUCAAAAAUACUUCCAAGUCAAGUUGGGCAAGGGUAAUUUCAUCCUUCACGAUGACCAUUUAAUCAAAGAAACCAUCCCUUUGCUAUCGAUUACUGUAGACCGUUGCAAGAGCGAUAUCUUUUCAUGGACACUCAAACAACAGGUUGCAUUUUCAUUAGAGAGUAAUAUCAACUCAAACUAUUUCAAUGGAAACAAUGGUGUGUGGGAGCCUCUUGUAGAAGCAUGGGGUUUCACCAUCACUGCAAACAACUCGGCCGAAGAAGGAUGGAUAUCUGAUUUUUCGUCAAAGAUUCCUCUUCAAAUUAAUAUCACCAAGGGAUUUGUAGACACUUCGUUAUCAACCUAUCAAAUCUUGACAGCUGAUUUCUAUAAAUCAACUGACAAAAAUGACGGUGGUGAUGAAAAACCACAAUCGUCAGAUGAUUUAGUCUCUUCGCCUUCAUCUUCUUCUCCAUCAGUUGCUUCACCAAAAAUAUCGUCGAUUUCAGAAAAGAUUACAAAGGAUGAUGACGAUGAAGAUAAUCAAUAUUAUCCCUACUUUGUUCGAAAUGAUACAGGUCAAUUGAUUUGGUAUUGGUUGGAUAAUAAUCAAUUAAUUGAGGUGCCAAUAGGUGCAGAGGUACCUUUGGUGCCAGACGACUUGAAACAACUUAGUGAAGGUGGUAAUCAUCUACGUGGACUUGGAUCAAAGGGUAUGGAGGUUGAAAGAAAGAUAUCGUUCCAGCUGUAUGGUAACUUUAAACCAAUCAAAAAUGUACCGAUGGAUACUAUUGGAACAUACACUCUUCAUCCAAUGCCAGAGUAUAGAAAUGUCAAGUUGCUCUAUGAUAUUUCGUAUCGUAAGGGUAGCAAGGUAUUGUCUCUUCACUCCAACAUUGUCAUUGCCAAUAAUACCAAUCAGCCAAUGGUGGUUCAUGUAGGUGUCGGUGCCAACAAGGAGAUUGAACCGACCGAAAUCCAUAUAGAUGCCAACUCUCGUGUUCCAUUGCCUAUCCUCUACUCGAUGGGUCGUCUAAGAAUCAAACCAAACAACAUGGGGUACUCACUCUCAAACGAACAGAUUGAUUGUAUCACCGUCCUUCAAAUGAUCAAGCAACAAAACCAACAAAAUCAAACACCUCCCAAUUCCUCCCCUACCUUUGGAUCUAAACAACCAACACCACCAUCUUCCAUUUCAAAUAAUAAUAAUAAUGAAUCAAAUAUUAUAUCUUCAAGAAUGAAUUGUAAACAUACUGCAAAGUUACCAUAUUCAAUAUUUGCAUCGAUUGAAAAGAAAUUAAAAGAAAAUAGAAUAGAGAUUUCAAUUCAAACACCAAUAAUAAUAGAAAAUGUGUUGGCAUGUGAUCUGUCGUUUAGAUUAUAUCAUGCACAAAACAAAAAGAUUAUUGGGUCACCAUUUUUAACGGGUACGAUCAAGAUGGGUGAACGUUUGGAAGUGGCGACAUAUGAUUCAACAUUGGAGAUAUACAUGGAGAUGCAGAUAUAUGAUUUCCCAUGGUCACAACCAUUCCUCAUUGAAGGUGGUAGCCAUAAUCCAACUGAAAAGAUCAAGAUUAUGGACAAGAACAAACAACCUCUUCUCAUUAGUUUUGAUAACCGUGUCAACCCAAGUGGUAAUAGAUACAUUAAUAUAUAUUGCGAGUUUUGGAUGAUUAAUCAAACUGGUCUGCCACUCUACUACCGUCAUCAUAUCGGUGCACAAACAAUAGAGCCGGCUGGUCAGGACCAAGAGACUGUCAUCCCCCCACACCUCUUUGCCAAAGAUUCCUUGGAUUGGUACCAAAAGAAUGAUGAGUGGGCUCACCCAACACCACCCUUUAUGUUUGCCUACAGUGACAGUAAUUUGGUGGGUGGAAGAUUUGCACUCAAGAUUUCAAACUCUGAAUGGUCGUCGCCAUUCUCUCUCAACUCGUCCUCUUCGAGUGCCAGCUCCAACAUUACAAUCAAAGAGGAAAAGACAUCGGAAGAAAAGAAACUUGAAAUCAUGCUCAAACCAAUCCCAGAAAAACGGUACUAUCAACUGGCCGUCUCUUGUUUGCCAUCGAAUAGCAAGUUUUGGAGAACUCGUGUUGUCACAUUCUGCCCUGAGCAUAUUAUCGUCAACACUACAGCCGAACCAAUAUACUAUCAACAGUUUGAAUGUUAUGGUAAUACUCAAACCAUUCUCCCCAAUCAAUCGCUACCAUUUUAUUUCCCAUCUUCAAAGCGAGAAAAGUUAAUUCGUAUCGGUUCAAUAGUUCAAGAUCCACAACCUCUACUCCAGCUUCAACCUCAAUCACAAUCAACCACUAGUAACAACCAACAACAACAAAAUAUUAGAUGGAGUGGAUACUUUAAUCCAGAUGAAUUGGGUAAUAUUAUAGUUAGAUUAAGAAGAGAUGCUGAUACUCAGGUAGACAAGAACAGAAAGGAUUCAGAGAUUUCAAAAUCACCAAACUUUCAUCAACAACAACCACAACGACCAAAACAUUUUAUGUCGGUGACGAUUGGUGUCAAGGCGACAAAAACCAUCACCACUAAAAUGAUCAUGCUAGGAGAACAUAAUCCAGAUCUUCCUCCAUACCGUAUCGACAAUCAUUCAAGAGUACCCAUUUGGAUUAGACAAAAGAAAACAGAGAAUUGGGAACAAGUUAAAGCUCACAGUUCCAUCCCAUAUACUUGGGAUCAUUUCAUCCUUCCUAAAAAACUGUGUAUUGAAUUCCCAGGUGGAGAAAAGAAUUACUACCGUUUAAAUGAUUUAGAGGAAAAUUCAACUGUUCACAUUAAAGAAAAGGAUUUGGCUCUAAUACAACUACAGCAACAACAAUUGGAUAAUCAAAUUUCAAAUUCCUCUUCAAACUCUUCAUCUAAUUUGAAUUUAUCCAAUACUUCAUCUACUUCGUCGAAUACUGGUACUACUCCCUUUUCAUCGAUCUUGUCACAACCCAAAAUUGACUUGGAAAUUACUAUUACUGCAUGUGGACCAACUAGAGUAUUAAAUCUCAGAGAAAAACCAAGACAAAAGACAGGUGGAUCACCUACCAUGUCAAGAGACAAGACAAAUGAUUUGGCGCUAUCAGAUGACAACAACUUGUUGACUGAAGAGAAACUUUCAAGUCAAUACAACCAAAAAACAAAAGAAUAUGAAAAAUUUGAAACAAGAGUUAAAUUGGUUCAUAUUGGUCUUUCAAUUGUCAAUCAAGUUCCAGAAGAAAUUAUAUAUGCAUCAUUUGAUAGAUUAUCAGUAGAUUUUAAACAAACCAAAACAGAUCAAUAUUUGGAAAUUAGUUUAGAUGAUCUUCAAAUUGAUGAUCAAAGAUAUCAAUCAAAUUUCCCAGUAUUCCUUAGUCAAUCAAAAAGACUUGAUAUUCAUAAUUUAAACAAUCAGAAUAAUAAUAAUCAGAAUAAUAAUCAAAAUAAUAAUAAUCAGAAUAAUAAUAAUUCUUCUUCAACAGUCGCAGUUAAACCAUUUUUCCAAUUUAGUUCAACAAGAUCACUUAAAUAUCCAAACAUUCUAUUUUUUAGAUACUUUUCAUUUUUGGUACAAGAAUUUGAUUUAAAUAUUGAUGAAUCGUCAGUAUUAAAUGCUUUGUCAUUUAUCAAUAUUAAUCUCAAUAGUCUCAAUCAACAUUUCAAACUUCAUCCAACCAUUACACAAGAAGAAAUCCUUCAAUCGGCAACAGACAAUAGUAAAUUGGAGAAUAUGGUUUAUUUUGAAAUGUUACACAUCAAUCCUCUCAAGGUCAAUCUUUCAUUUACUAGUAGUAAAUUGCCAAAGGAGAUUAGUGCCGUGUUGGGUGCUCGUUCACUAUCGGAAUUGUUACUUGGAAUCAAAUCAUCUUCACCAUUUUUAAAUAUCGAACAUGCUCCAAUCAAAUUUAAUGGUUUUAUUUGGGAACAUCCGUUCCUAUCGAUCAAGCAAGUGACAGAUGAAAUUACAUUGCAUUUCUCGUACCAAAUGAUGGGACAGAUUCACAAGAUCUUUGGUUCAUUUGAUGCGAUUGGCAAUCCAAUUAGAUUGGCCGAAUCACUUGGUAGUGGAUUCAAAGACUUUUUCCAUGAACCUGCCAUGGGCAUUGUAAAGAGUCCUCAAGAUUUUGCAUUGGGUGUCAGCAAGGGAACAUCGAGUCUUGUCAAUAAUAGUGUCUUUGGUAUCAUGGACAGUGCAUCCAAGAUUACAGGAACCAUUGGUAAAGGGUUGGUACACCUCUCACUCGACGACCAAUAUAUUCGAGAGAGACAGGAAAGCAACAAGGUCAAACCAACCGGUCUCAAACAAGGUUUGGAGUUUGGUAUUCGCGAUCUUGGAGAAGGUCUACUUCGUGGUAUCACGGGUAUUAUCGACGAGCCCAUUAAAGGCGCCACUCAGGAAAAGAGUAUUGAAGGAUUCCUCAAAGGUGUUGGUAAAGGUGUGAUUGGUGUGGCUGUCAAGCCUACAGUAGGUCUGUUUGAAUUCGCCUCUAGAACAAGCGAAGGUGUCAAAAACAGUACUACCAUUGCCAAAUCACUCAUGAACAAUAAUCGUCGACGUCGUCUACCCCGUUACUUUUCCAAGGAUGGUACACUCCAACUGUACAACAAUUUCAAGGCACAAGGAGCAUACCUUCUCUAUUCGAAAUUUGGUGCUCCACCUCUCCACAGUUGGUAUCAAUUCCAUGUACUCCUCAGUCGAGACCAUGUUCUCUUGGCAUCGACCAAUCAAAUCGUCCUCCUUGCCAAAUCAUCAUCUGCCAGUGGUCAAGCACCAUCAGACUAUGAGAUUGGAUGGACCAUUAAAAUCAACGACAUUCAACAAUUCUUUAAACAACAAGGCACCAAUGUCAUUGCCAUUGUCUACCAAGGCAGUUCAAAACUACCUCCUACAACUGUAACCAUCCCAACACCCAAUGAAGAAGUUAAAAUGUCAAUCCUUAGAAAAAUUUCUGAAUUGGUAAAUCUAUCAAAAAGAUUUGGUACAAUUUAA